AUGUAUAUUAUAUACACACACCUGAGAUCAUUCUUCUAGUGAUUGUUCUAAAUGUCUGUUCUAAUUGUUCUAAAACAAUGAAAAGUAAUUCUCUGUUGCACAAUGAAAUAUUCUUGUAACAAAGGUUUAUAGUUUUCAGCUUCAUUUAUGCUCUUAAAUACCUAAGAAAUGUCCUUUUUAUACCAGAAUGCUUGUGGUUUGUUAUCUAUGCUUAUAUGUUGACUUUACUGAUGAGUACUCACGUCUUUUUCUCCGCUUUUUAUUUUACCAGUAACCACUUUGGUAGAAUACGGUCUCACAAGUACUCGUCUACUUAGAAACUAGUUUACAAUUUUCCUGUUUCAACAAUAUAUUUUCUCACUAGUAUCUAAACGCUUUCACCCAUAAAUCUGAAAACAAUGGCCUAAAUAUUACAGAGCUUUUAAACAACAAAAGACCCUCAGAAGUUUGUUUAAACUUCAAGUUCAGAGCAGAAACCCUAUUCCUAGAAGAAGACGAUGGCUUCAUUUCAAGAUAGAGGCAUAAAUCACAAAAGCGGACUCUGUCUUUUUUCCGUUCUCACUCACACAGGAAAUGUGUGCAUCCUGUUUUUAAAAGAUUUAAAAGAUUCAACCAGCAGUGUGCUGGGUUCUGUAUCUUCUGCAGAUUACGCUGUUGCCAGGAAGAAGCAUUUGGACCUCCUCUACACUGACUGCCGUGUCCACACCGUGACAAUGACCAGCCGACGUUCUGAUGAAAGGGCAGCCAGACCGGCAUCAGGAGAGCCCACUUUACAAAGAGCACAAGAGCAGAUUGAUCGGCUGCUUAAAGCCUCAGUCAGUAUAGCUGUUACUGGAGAAUCAGGUACAGGAAAGUCAACCUUUAUCAAUGCAUUUAGAAAUCUGGGUGAUGAAGAUGAAAGAGCAGCUAAAACUGGAGUUACUGAAACCACCACUGAACCAACACCUUACACACACCCCACAAUGCCAAAUGUGACACUUUGGGACCUGCCAGGAGUCGGAACCCCAAAGUUCAAAGCAAAGACAUAUGCUAAGGCAAUGAACUUUGACAGGUAUGACUUCUUCCUUAUCAUCUCAUCACGUAGAUUCAGGGAGAAUGACCUCAUGCUGGCCAAAGAGAUCAAAAAAAGAAAAAAGCAGUUUUACUUCAUCAGAUCAAACAUAGACAUUGAUAUUGCAAAUGAACAAAAUAAAAGGGGCUUUAACAGAGAAGAAACUCUCUCAAAAAUCAGAAGAAACUGUAAGGAAAACUUAUCGGAUGUUGGAGAUUCCAAAGUUUUCCUCAUAAACUGCCAGGAUCUUACUGCAUUUGAUUUUGAGGAGCUUGUUGAAACUCUAAAUUCAGAGCUCCCUCAACAUAAGCAGGACGCUCUGCUGUUGUCUAUGCCGGUCACUUCUGUGGCUAUUCUGGAGAAAAAAGUGAAGAUUGUUGAGAAAGUAAUCUUGGGUGUAGCCACUGUGUCUGGAGGAAUUGCAGCGGCAUGUGAUAUGGCUAUCGUGGGGUCAUUCUUUACCACGUGCUACCACAUCUUUGGGCUUGAUGACAAAUCACUAGAAAAGCUCUCAGAACGAGUGAACAAGCCACAUUUGAAGAACCUGGACAAGUCCCCUCUAUUAAUGAAGCUUGAACGAAUAUCAGCGGUCAGAAUGGGAGUGUCAGCAUUGGGACAGUUCCUGUGUAUUUUGUUUCCUGGUCCUGGGAACAUCGCAGCAGCAGCAUCCAUCUCUUUCACUACGACACGUGAUCUGCUUCAGAUAGGCCUGAAAGAGCUGGCAGAUGAAGCCAGAAAGGUGCUGAGAGAGGCAGGAUUAGAGUGAUGAGAACACCCUGAGAUACAUCAGGAGAAAGUACAACUGAAGGAGAGUAAAAGACCAAAUCACUGGGCGUGCACACACACACACACACACACACACACACACAUACGCACAUACACACCACAUAUAUACACUCACCGGCCACU